CCCAUGGUCUGCAACGUGGAUGUACAGCAAUCCAUCAACACACGCCAACACACAGACAUAUCGACACACACGAAUGCACAGGCAGGCAGGCAGGCAGGCAGGUAGGCAGGGAGGGAGGGAGGGAGGAUACGAUAUGUGUCGUGCCACACCCAGUUCAAUCCGCACAAUGAAUGAUCGUCAACAAGCCGAUUCUACGAUGAAUCACGUGCAUCUCCAUCAAGUUAUCCACAACGCACACACACAAACAGAGAGAGAGAAGACAGCAAGGAAGAACACGAUACGAUACGAUACGAUACGAUGACAUGAUUUUAUGUCUGCAAAUGAAAAGCGUCUGUAAGCAACCAAGCGUAGCUCGACGAAUGAACGAAGGGUAGCUAGAACGAUGUCAACAGUUGACACAUCACGAUGCACUCAAAAUAAAUACAUCAAACAUCACGCAUAUCCGUGAGCCCACACGUCCAUAUGCCCCUGUUCGAUUGCUCGCUCCUUCGAUGCCCUCUCCCGCCCACAUAUACACGAGACUACACGGCACGACACGCAACCCAAUAGACGCUGACCCACUGCACAGCUGGCAGCCUUUCGCGAGGCGAUCAGAUUGCCGCACGAGGCAACACGGAAAAUACCAACACAUACAAACAACCACAACGAUUGCAACACAGAACAAGUACCCACUGCAAGAGCUCACGCCCUGUCCUCAUACGUAUGCACACACAUGCACCCGUUUACACAGCAGCACACCAGGGAAAGAAGGUCUGUGUGUGUCAGACAGAUCUCAGUCAAACUCCAAUUGGAAGGCCAGGUAGGGCUGAUGGUGGUUGGGGAGGGGAGUGCAGACCCCGGCGGCGCAGCCCUCGCGAUUGUAGGUGGCAACGUCGAACUUGAGCUUCAACUUCAUAUCGUCCAAUCCCGGCAUCGAUAGCCUCUCAACCUUGCCCUGACACACAGAACAAACAGCCGUUUGUAAUACCGGAUGGAUCCUGUUUGGCGUCGGUGUGCGGUGUGUGUAUACCCACCCGAUUCUUGACGAGGUCUUUCAGUAUGCACUCGAGGCAAAACUCGUCCAUGAAGUCGUCAAACCAGCCCUCCAUUCCCUCAUAGAUGGUCUCGAGCUGCUCCGUGACCAUGUCGAUCAUGUACUGCAGAGUGAAGGUGCCGGCGCCCCCCAGGAUGUCCUUCACGAUCGCCGUGAUCCCUUCGGCGUACUCUUUCUCAUCAAUCACCUCACCUACACAGACACAGACAGAGAGGGAGAGGGAGAGAUACACAAAUGCACCAAGGGCGUCCUAAUGUGCUGGCUCACCCCAAAACACUUGACCACACUCAUAAGGUCCACCAAAGGGGUCUGGCUCACACCGCGGUCCGUAUUCCUCAUUUAUCUCGCGCUUCUUUUCGUUGCGAUUGCUGGAAACGAUGUCGUCAAGGCCGGUAGCCUCAGCAAUUCCGUCGCGAACCCUCGAGGCGGCCUGACCGGCUGCCUCCUGCAAGUCACCCACUCCAGCGGGAUCUUCUGCAAGCUCUUUGGCUCCUUGAACGGCCCCCGCGACGUCACCACGCCGCGCAGCGUCGACGGUGUUCUCAACCCUCUCUCGUUGGUUGUCCACAUACUGCUGGCCAGCGUCAGCAACUUGCUGGCCUGCGUUGGAGAGGCCAUCUGCAGCCUUUUUGAAUGGGUUCAGCUUGCGGUGCUCGCCGUCGCCCGCACCACCACCUCGUAGGCCAGACGGGGCCUGAUGUGACACGACAUACACGCACAAUGUCAUGCGGCACACAACGAUGUGACAGAGAUGCGUCCAGCCGCCAAUGCUUACCGAGGACGCAGGCCAGAUGGCGAUGGCGAGUGCAACCGUCAGCAGGGCCAGCUUCAUUGUGACGGCUGAACAAGUGCUUGUCGAGGCUGAGGUAAUGAAGAGCGCAAGGGGAGCAAUGAAGAGCGGGAUAGAUGAAGAGGACGUAGCCGACGUCGAUGACAGAUGAGGGCAGACAGAUGAGGGCGGCGGAUGGAGACAACUCGAGGCGAAGACUCCUCUCGAUAGGAGAGAGCCUCGAGAAUACA